UCCACACAGUCAACAUCUACCAGCAACUAGCACAGCAAGCGCAACUCUCGCAAGGAUUACCAUGACGAGCAUCUGCAGCAACAACUUCCAGCAGCAGCACUAUCAGCUGACCAACGGCAACAUCAUGUUGCUGCAACACCACAACCACCAGCAGCAGCAGCAGCAACACCAGCUGAUCGCCCCCAAGAUGCCUCUGGGCACCAGCCAACUGCAGAACAUGCAGCAGAACCAUCAGUCCAACGUUGGACCCAUGAUGUCCUCCCAGAAGAAGAAGUUCAACUACAACAACAUGCCCUACGGCGAGCAAUUGCCAUCGGUGGCCAGGCGGAAUGCCCGGGAGCGCAACCGUGUCAAGCAGGUGAACAACGGAUUCGUCAAUCUACGCCAGCAUCUGCCGCAGACGGUGAUCAACUCGCUGUCGAACGGAGGACGUGGUGCCAGCAAGAAGCUGUCCAAGGUGGACACCCUGCGAAUUGCCGUCGAGUAUAUUCGCGGACUGCAGGACAUGCUGGACGAUGGCACUGGCUCAUCCCGUCACAUUUACAACUCCGCCGACGAAAGCAGCAACGAUGGCAGCAGCUACAACGACUACAACGACAGCUUGGACAGUCCCCAGCAGUUCCUACUGGGCGCCACUCAGCUGAACUCCGCCCAAGCCCACUCUUACCACUCCGCCUCGCCCACGCCCUCGUACUCCGGAUCCGAGAUCUCCGGCAACGGCUAUGUCAAGCAGGAGCUGCCCGAGCAGGACCUUAAGUUCGAGUCUUUCGACAGCUUCAGCGACGAGCAGCCCGACGACGAGGAGCUCCUCGACUACAUCUCAUCCUGGCAGGAGCAGUGAGUGGAUCUCACCGAAAGUUCCCAACAAAACAAACCAAAACACAAAACACAAAACACAAACCACAACAACUUGUACAAAUUGUAAAUACCUCAAACUGUUGCCUUAGUGAGUGAGAAACCAAGUCCCAGAUUCUACACUAGCUCCUAGGUUACCAACCGACCCAAUCUUUUUUUUUUUUGACACUAGCCUAAGUUAAUGGAAGACAAUGAUAUAAAACCUAUUUUUUUCAUAGUUCUAAGUUUGUUAUAAGCAUGGAAGACACUAAACUAACUAGUUCUAAGGCCAAAAUAAAACCAAACAAAC